AUGCUAUUCGAGGCCGUGCCUUACUCCCGCUCCCAAACCGGCACGACUUUCGCCAUGCGUCCCAACGGCAUCAAAGCGCUCGAAGGGUUAAAGCCCGGGCUCGGCGACGCUGUAGUCGGCUGCGGAUCAACGAUCACGAAAACUAGGUUCGUUAAUCGAUAUUCGGAACUUGAAAAUAGCGAUGGCUGGGUUGUGAAGGAAACGGCGGCAAGCGUGCCAAUGGUAGGGUGGGCGCGAGGCCAAGAGGUUAUUGCCUCGUCUUUAACGCGACCCGAGAUUAUUAAGCACGGACAUCGCGUCGUGGCGUAUUACCCUGUCGUCGCAGGAAAGCCCGUUGUGAACAGGGGUGGCGAAUUGCAAAGAGGUGGAAGCAAUGAUGGCGCUGGCGAAGGAGAGGUGGAAGCGGUUGACGUGGUGCUUGAGGUUGUGGGUUCGAAUCCCGAAAUUGACAGCAAUGAUUCCACCUUCGCUGUUUCAGAAGGAGCUGGAACCGCGGAGGAGGCAGGAGCGGUGCAGCAGCAGCUUCAGCUGGUGGUGGUUCGUGCGAAGGUUCUGGUCGCAGCGGAUGGCGUGCGAUCAGCUGUGCGAAAUCAGAUGAUCGGCGACUCGCCUCGGUAUCUGGAGCAGUUUGGUUGGAACGCGCUUGUGCCAAAUCCGCCAAGCGCGAGAGUGUACCCACAAGAAGAUCACGAGUUGCUUGUAUUGACGGAUAAGGUUACUGGCUACCAGAUAUUUCUGUUUGACGCUGGCCACGGGAAGACCUUCUGGCAGGAUUUUCGCUUCCUCGCUGCUAUGAAUGAUUCUUUCCGAUUUAAGGUUCGCACUGCUGAUCCUGAUGGCAAGCUCAAAGCCAAACUCAAGAAAACACCCUUUGGAGGAUUCGGCAAGCCUGGCGUCAUGGAUCGUGUGAUGUGCCACGUCAGCAAAAAUGUCGCAGACCCCACAGCGCAUGACACCUGGCAUACUGUGCUCCAGGCGGUUACCAUCACCGACCCCGGUAACAUCUACGAGCGGUGGAUGAUGGACCGGCCUCCUCCAAAAGAUUCCUGGAGCGACUCUAAGUGUGGAAACAGGGUUGUUCUUAUGGGGGAUGCCGCACAUGCCAUGCACACUGGUCCAGGGCAAGGGGCUCAGACUGCCUUUGAGGAUGCACACCAGUUGUCUCUCUGCCUUGCUGACGUCAAGGAUAUGCUUGCCGAACCUGUUGCUGUGGCUGCUGCAGUUCGGGAAUAUGAGGCUCGGCGGAUCGAUCGGUGUGUGAAAAUCCAUGCGUACGCCACUGGAAUGCUCGAGUUUGGAGAGGAAGGGAAACUUGUGAAGGCGCUUUCUCCGCCUGAGAGGAUUCAGAGGCUUCGGGAAUUUCAGAAUUGGGUCCAUGCGUAUCCAGACAAGAUUAAGGGUGACCCUGAAUCCACCUACUUCAAAUGA